AGGUAGUUGAUACAAAUAUUGAUAUUUGAGAGUUGAAAAAAAUCCCAAAGGUCUGAUUGCAUAGGAACAUUUUACAAAGAUAAACAGUUUUAAUAGGAAUUCCUUAUAUUCGUUAUUUCAGUCCUCUUUGUGUAACAUACUAUCGCAUGGAGUUUAAUGUAUGUGUAUAACGUUCACACCGAUACCUCUGAUUUAUUCUUAAUAUCUAUAACAAUCAGUUUGAAUAAUAGUUUGCUUCUUUAAUGUUUUUUUUCUUCUUUUGGCCUGUACUAAGACAAUUAUCUUUUAAUUCUUCCAUACUAUGGUAUUGUUCACAUCCUUCCAUCUACAAAUGUAGUUUCUAAUAUGUUUUACUAUUAAAACAUAUUAACGGGUAAAAUCCAUUAAAUGUAACGUUAAAAGGCAAAACUAAGGUGAAUCAUCGGCUGCCGGAUGCGCUGCUGCGUCAUGUCCGGUAAAAUGUAAUGGGUGCGCUUCGUUUAAGUUCCACCGUUGCACGCGCGAGCGGGGUUUCCCUCUCCGAGGUUUGUUUUGGUUCUACGAGCGUGAAGCACCGCCCACUCGGGGCAGACAAAUGGUAAUCCGAGGAAAUCGAUAAAGUCUAAGGAAGGCGGGAGGUUGAGAAGCAGAACUUUUGGCGGUGCUUUGUUUCUGGUGGACUAAACAAUAACAAACGAUACACAACACAGAGUAAACAGAUUGUCAGCUGCUUUUCGCUGCCAACUUUGCCCGCUCGGAGUUCACCUGUGGCGUCAUGUGUUGCUACUCUACCGUUUAAAUUGAGGUCAGCCUGUAAAACUCCACCGACUUUUCUGCCCCAGUGAAUAUGGCUGAUAGAAAGCCCGAAGAAAACGACGGGAGCCUUCCCUUCGCCGCACUCACGCUCCUGGCCCCGCCCGUGCGCCUGGUGUCGGCGGCCCUCUGGAAAGUGAUGAAGAAGAGGGACGUGAUGCAGUACGGGGUGGUGGAGGAAGUCGUGACCUCGGCCUGCGAGACCGUCCCGGGUCUGCUCACCCUGAGACACCAGGCCAAACUGGCGCUGGGGCUGAGGGGACGGCUGAUCUUGGAGCUGUGCAGUAGUCGGCCGGAGGAGAAGGCCAUCGGGCCACACCUGAAGAGGAUGCGCGCUCCUGCUGCCAUGUCAACCUCCUCUGCUUCUGCAAUGAAGAGGAACAUGAAGAUCCCAAAAACAGUGGAAAGUUUUCUCUCACUCGUUGACGUUCUGCUCAACGACCCGACGGAGAGACAGCGCUUCUUCAAGGAGGACUUCCCUCUGGAUUACGGUCAAAGGUUUGACCAGGAGCUGGAGAAGCUCCUGUGGGAGUUUUUGAUUCGACUCGAUCAGUUACUUCCGGUUCCCAGCCUCGCUCAGACGGUGUCGUGGCUCAGUGAAGCCCCCCCUGUCCUGGAGGAGUGUGCGCGGGCGGCCACCCAACCGCAGCUCCUGAGGGUCCUGCUUCAGCAUCAAACCUGUCUGGGCCACCUGGAGGCUGCAGCAUCGCUCCCUCCAAACAUGGGAGACUCCAUCCUAGCUUCGCUUUCUCUCCCCCCCUCUGGAAGAAUACCUUCAAAUCCAUCAACGGGAGCCAAAAGGUCUCGAGCGGACCCGUCCGAUGGCGCACAGAGAGGAGACAAGACGCCGUUCAUCACACCCGUCAUCGGACUCAUGUCCAACGAAGACGUGCCAGUUAUGAUGAGGAAAACGGCUGCGACAAACGAGCACCUGAACCCCAAUAAGAACUUGAAAUACACCGGGGUCAAAGAGAGACGAGUGGAGGGGGGGGAGCAACACCUCAAAACGGCCCCAAAAAGAAGCAGUGGAGCGAAGCGCAAGCAGCCUGACGAAGGAGAAAGUCAAUCUGAGGAGGAGGAGGAGGAGGAGGAGGAAGAAGAAGAGUUAUGCAUAGAGAGUGUAAGCACGGGUUUGAGAAACGCAGCGGAUCGGGGCGAGAGCGAGCGGCGGCACCUGGAGGGCUGCAUGAGACGUCUGGGCGUCCGGACGCUGCACCUCCCCGACGACCCGACCCUCUGCUCCGUCUUUGUCUCCUGCCUGACGAGCCAACCCAGCGUCAAGGUCGAUAAAAUGACCCGCGCCAACGCCGCUGCCGCCGCCACGGCGGGAUGCGCCUCGAAAAGGCCCGCUCCGACGAGGCGGCGGCGGCAGUCGCCGGUCAAAGGCGCGGCGCAGAGCGACAGCGGGCCGCCGGAGCUGGACGAUAAAGAAAACCUCCCUGUGUCGCCAAGCAUGAGCAGCGCUCCCUCUCCGCGGCGGCGUCACACAGUGACGUCGGGCCUCCUGGUCGGCUCCGACGACUACGUAGCCGACUCCGAGGACGAGGCGACUAAGAACUUCAAAGUCCGGCUGUUCACGAAGCGCUACCACAAGACCAGACACGGCACGUACGUUCCCACUCUGAGGGAGUUCUGGAAGCCCGGCAUGACGCGGCGGGACCUGAGGUCGGACGGAGGCAAAAGCCGAUGAGGAAGCCGGACUCCACCACCCCCCCCCCACCCCCCACCCCCCGAGAGCUUUCAUCUUUACUUUCUCUUGGUGAUGGGAGUAUUCAGACAUAACGAUGAGGGUGUGGCUGAAAGGUUCAAAAACCUUUUACGUUUAUUUAGAAAGCGAAUGUCACCCGGUCACGUGGACUUUUUUAAAUGAACGUGCUGCUUCCUGAUGGAGGUGGAUUCGCGUGUUUCGGGCGGCGCGGAGCCGACCGGUCGAGUCGAAUCAGAGUCGGCAGCCGAUCCCUCCGGUCACGGUGACGGUCUCUCCGGUGAUGUAGGAAGCCUCCUCGGAGCACAGGAAGGCGAUGACGCCCCCCACCUCCUCUGGCUCUCCGAUUCUGACAUUUCGGGGGCAAAGUGUGAUGAGAUGUGAUAUCGGGGUGCUUUUUGGUUCCGUGCGACGCUUGUGGCCAUGAGUUGUACCUUUUGAUGCUGAGCUGCUUUUUAAACUCCUCCACGACGUCUUCAUUUCCCCAUAACUGCAACGACACAAUGUGUUACACAGAUGUUUUAACUUUUAACAAAUAAAAACACCCCCUCCCCCUUUGUAAAUGCAG